AUGAACACAUCCCACUCCUCAAACACACAACCACCACCAACCAUCAGCACCACUCCUCCCCAACCCCCUCCAACAACAAUCCCCCAUGCAACCAUCGAAGAAUUCAAGGCGCUCCUCGAGAAAGAUGUCCGUAUCAAGGUCGCAGGGAUAGAUCUCGACGGGAUCCUUCGUGGAAAGAUCAUGACAAAGACAAAGUUUUUGUCCGUCCUUCAGUCGGGGUUCGGGUUCUGUUCGGUCAUCUUUGGAUGGGACAUGCAUGACAAGACCUAUGCUGAGGAGUUGAGUGUCUCCAAUGCCGCCAAUGGCUACAGGGAUAUCAUUGCGAUUCCGGACUUGUCGACGUUCAGAAGGAUUCCAUGGGAGAACGACAUCCCAUUCUUCUUACUAUCAUUCUACGAUCCCAAGACAAGAGCUCCAUUGGCAGUCUGUCCACGCGGGGUGUUGAAGAAGGUCACGGAUGAGUUGGCGUCCUUUGGAUGGGAGGCCAUGUGUGGAGCCGAGCUUGAGUUCUUCAACUUCAAAGAAACACCGGAAACAUUGGCAGAGAAGGGACACACGAGCCCUCAAGCAUUGACUCCAGGAAUGUUUGGAUAUUCUCUCUUGCGACCUUCACUGUAUCAGGAUUACUUUUACGAUAUCUUUGACCAAUGCAACAACUUUGAUGUCAACAUUGAAAGCUUCCACACCGAAACAGGCCCAGGAGUUUAUGAAGCGGCGCUGGCGUACGACAAUGCGACAAAGAUGGCAGACAUGGCCAAUCUGUUUAAGCUAUCGGUCAAGCAGCUGGGGCUCCAACGAGGGAUCAUGCCGACCUUCAUGGCAAAGCCCUAUGCGGACCAGCCAGGCUGUUCAGGACACCUGCACUUUUCAAUUCGCGACAUCAACACAAAGACCAACCUCUUUGCAGCAUCCACUGCAUCAGCGUCAGGUCCUGGCAGUUCGACCCCCUUUGGACAGCAGCUCCACAGUCCUACAUCUGACGCUGAAGAAUCCACCGAGGCAACAAGAGCAUCUCUGGAUACGGCACUGAACCGACCUAACUGGGAGACUUCGGUGGAGGGUGUGCAGGAGAUGAGUCAAAUGAUGAAGUACUUUACUGCUGGACUGUUGACAGCACUUCCGAGCAUCAUGUGUAUCCUAGCCCCCAACAUCAACUCGUACAAGCGACUGGUCGAGAACUACUGGGCACCCGUGACGAUCUCCUGGGGGAUCGAAUCGAGAGUAUCGGCGAUACGAGUCAUUGGACCACCACAGUGUGAGCCCAAGGGAACUCGGUUGGAGAUGAGGGUCGGUGGUGCGGAUAUUAACCCACACUUGGCGAUUGCGGCAUGUCUCGCGGCUGGGUUGUAUGGGAUCAAGAAGAGGCUGGAGAUGCCAGUUGGACCAACAACUGUUGAGACUGGAGAAGGACCGACUGGGGGGGAGAGACUGCCAAAAUCGUUGAAGGAGUCUGCGAUGAAGAUGUUGGAGAAGGGGUCGAUUGCGCGGGAGGUAUUGGGGGACGAGUUUGUGGAGCACUAUGGAGCUACGCGGUUGAACGAGAACCGACUCUGGGAGACCGCUGUGACUUCUUGGGAGACAAAACGCUACUUUGAGCUCGUUUAA